AGGACUCAGUUAGUCAAUGUAUAGCGAAUUAGUGACACUUAUUAGUUCAAACAUUUAAUAUGAUUGCUAAAUUUAGAUCAUCUGUGGAAACUAUAUCGAGUUUCGAUCCGUCUGAAAAAUUUCGCCCGGAACCUAUUUACAGUGAUAAAUUAAAAAGUGAAUUUAGAGAUUAUUCAAAGGAUUCCAAUGAUCCUAUUAAGGAACGUAUUCGAUUGACAUAUUUAAAUAUGCAUACCAAUCAGACAGUUGACUUCGUUCGAUCUAAGAUGAAAUCCUGGCUUCAAUUCAAUAAAUGUAAAAUGAAUAUUAAGGAAGCUCUUAUAAAGUUAAAUGAAUUAGUGGAUGAGAGCGAUCCUGAUUCAAGUUUACCAAACAUUGUUCAUGCAUUCCAAACUGCAGAGAAAAUAAGAAUUGAUCAUCCAAACGAGGAUUGGUUUCAUCUCACGGGAUUGAUUCACGAUCUUGGCAAGGUAAUGGCACUUUAUGGAGAGCCUCAAUGGGCAGUUGUUGGUGAUACUUUUCCUGUGGGCUGCGAUUGGGCAAAUUCAAUCGUAUAUCGGGAUACAAGUUUUAUUAAUAAUCCCGAUGGAGAAGAUCCUCGUUACAAUACCAAAUUUGGCAUGUAUAAACCAAAGUGUGGAUUGGAAAAUCUACUUAUGUCAUGGGGUCAUGACGAGUAUCUCUAUCAAGUAUUAAAGCACAAUAAGAGCACAUUACCAAACUGCGCUUUAGCUAUCGUACGUUAUCACUCAUUUUAUCCAUGGCACGCCGGUGGUGAUUAUAUGUAUUUCUGCACCAAAGACGAUAUCGACAUGUUGGAUUAUAUUCUGAUGUUCAAUAAAUAUGAUUUGUAUACAAAGAAUGACGAGGUUCCUGACAUCGAUAAACUUUGGGCAUACUACGAACAGCUUAUAGAAAAGUAUAUUCCAGGUGUGCUGGAAUGGUGAAAAUAUUUUGAAGUCGUAUUUGUUAUUAAAGAAUGAAACAACGCUGGAUUGUUACUCGCUAGUUUAUGUAUAAAAUAUCGAAUUAUAUAUUUGAAAUCUUAA